GCACAUAUAUUCGGUCUUACUUCGGCCAAUCUUCAUUCCUCUGCUUUCCAGUGCAUGGCUCCAUCCUUCGAAUUGUUCCUCCUCCAAAUUCGUCUGUCACACCUCACCGCUGUUCUGCUGCCCUCGUACAUGUCCCGUAUGAUUCUAACAUACUUCUCUGCCGCUCCAGACGUCCGCAUGCAGUGCCACAGUUCCUCUCCGCGUACUCUGUCAUAGGCUUUCUCUCGAUCUACAAAGACACAAUGUAGCUCCUUCUGACCUUCUCUGUACUUUUCCAUCAACAUCCUCAAGGCAAAUAAUGCAUCUGUGGUACUCUUUGUUGCUCGCAAAUACUCACUCCUGUCCUGAGUCGAGCCUCCACUAAUCUUUCCCAUAACUUCAUUGUGUGGCUCAUCAGCUUUAUUCCUCUGCAGUUCCCACAGCUCUCCACAUCACCCUUGUUCUUAAAAAUGAGCACCAGCACACCUUUCCUCCAUUCCUCAGGCAUCUUCUCAGCCGCUAGAACAAGCUGGUCAAAAACUCCACAGCCACCACUCCUAGAUGCUUCCAUACAUCCGCAGGAAUGUCAUCAGGACUCUUCUUUGGAUCAAUGGAAGGAAGCAUCCUCGAUUACACCACUUGGGAGCAACCAACAGAGGGUGGAAUCCAUUCAGGCCCAACGAGUGCGCGGGUGGCGGAAGGAGGGCGGCAAGGACUUCAUGUGCACAGGUCGACCUGGCUGGCUCACCGUGUCCCUGCGGGUGGGCAAGUACAAGACGACGCACAGGAACAUCGCCAUCAACAUGAUGGACAUCCUGGAGGUGGACACGGAGAAGCAGGUGGUGCGAGUGGAGCCCCUGGCCAACAUGGGUCAGGUGACGGCGCUCCUCACCUCCAUUGGCUGGACGCUGCCUGUGCUCCCCGAGCUGGAUGACCUCACGGUUGGUGGCUUGGUGAUGGGCACCGGCAUCGAGUCGUCCUCUCACAUUCACGGCCUCUUCCAGCACAUCUGCGUGGCCUACGAGCUGGUGCUGGCCGACGGCAGCUUUGUGCGCUGCACUGAGGAGGAGAACUCGGACCUCUUCCACGCAGUGCCGUGGUCCUGCGGCACUCUGGGUUUCCUGGUGGCGGCCGAGGUCAAAAUCGUACCCGCCAAGGCGUGGGUGAAGCUGCGCUAUGAGCCGGUGCGAGGCCUGGACAACAUCUGCCGCCGCUUCGCCGAGGCAUCCCGAGACAAGCGCAACACUUUCGUGGAGGGCAUCCAGUACACGCUGGACUCUGCCGUCGUCAUGACGGGCAGCAUGAGCGAGCACGCCGAGCCCGACAAGAUCAACAGAAUCGGCCUGCACUACAAACCCUGGUUCUUCAAACACGUGGAGGGGUACCUGAUGGGCGACCAGGCCGGAGUGGAGUACAUCCCCCUCCGCCAAUACUACCACAGACACACACGCAGCAUUUUCUGGGAGCUCCAGGAUAUUAUCCCUUUUGGCAACCACCUAGUCUUCCGCUGGCUCUUGGGAUGGAUGGUCCCCCCCAAGAUCUCCUUGCUGAAGCUGACGCAGGGAGAAACCAUCCGGCGGCUGUACGAGCAGCACCACGUGGUCCAGGACAUGUUGGUGCCUAUGAAGCGCCUGCGAUCGGCCAUCACGCGCUUUCACCAGGACAUCGAGGUUUACCCUCUCUGGCUCUGCCCAUUCCUCCUGCCACCUGGCAGGGGCAUGGUCCACCCCAAAGGUGAAGAGGAGGAGCUGUAUGUGGACGUGGGCGCAUACGGCGAGCCCAAAGUCAAAGAUUUUGAGGCAACGGCGUCAACGCGGCGACUGGAGAAGUUUGUGCGAGACGUCCACGGGUUCCAGAUGCUGUACGCAGACAUCUACAUGGACCGCGACGAGUUUUGGGAGAUGUUUGAUGGACAGCUGUAUCACAAACUGAGACAGGAGCUCGACUGUGAGGACGCUUUCCCGGAGGUUUACGACAAAAUCUGUAAGGCUGCCAGACACUGAACCUCCACGGCCGCAGGUUCUAUCAGGUCUUAUGCUGUGUCAAGGAAUAGAAGUUGUCUUAUAACGAUGGCACCACAAGUCUUCUAGCUUGCUGCUGUCAUAACAUUUUAUGUUUUGAUCAUUCGAACUGCAAGUCACAAUGUGCCUCACGUGUUAAAAGUAAUCACGUCAAUACCACUGAUUACUUUGCAGAACGCCAAACAUUUUUUGGGAGGGGAAAAAAAACAUUUUAAAUGACCGUUUGCAUUUGCAUAUUGGUCCUUUAAAAUGUUUCUGUACCGUUUGCAUUUGCAUAUUGGUCCUUUAAAAUCAACGUGUUAAACAUUUUGAGGCAACACACACACACACACACAGAAGGUCCUAUUUUUUGUAACACGUUGUUUUAAUCAAUAAAAAUGUUUCUGUACCGUUUGCAUUUGCAUAUUGGUCCUUUAAAAUCAACGUGUUAAAAAUGUUGAGGCAACACACACACACACACAGAAGGUCCUAUUUUUUGUAAGAUGUUGUUUUAAUCAAAAAAAAUGUUUCUGUACCGUUUGCAUUUGCAUAUUGGUCCUUUAAAAUCAACGUGUUUAACAUUUUGAGGCGACACACACACACACACACAGAAGGUCCUAUUUUUUGUAACACAUUGUUUUAAUCAAUAAAAAUGUUUCUGUACCGUU